AUGCCGGAAAAAUCAAGCCUGAGGCCCGAGGAUCGGGAGCGCAUUGCCAACCUCUUCAAGGAGCUCGAUGUUGAUAAGGACGGCCGGGUCAGCGUGGCCGAGCUGGCCUCGAAAAUCAAGGGUUCAGAGCAGACAUCAACAGCAGAGAAAAUAAUCAGCCGGGGUGACGAAGAUCAUCCCAAAUCGACAAUGACCUUCAAUGAAUUUGUUGAUUAUGUGACGGACACAGAAACACAGCUAAAGCUUGCUUUCAGACAGAUGGACAAAAAUCACGAUAAUGUUGUCGACGCCUCAGAAAUACGGGCCGCAAUGUUGGAUCUGGGUGUGGAAAUCGGUCAGAAAGAGGCUGAAAAGCUGCUGCGUAAAGUCGACAAGGAUGGGUCUUUGAGUAUUGACUUCAAUGAAUGGAGGGAUUUCCUCUUGCUAUCUGGUAAAACGCAGCUCCAUGAUAUCUUUCACUACUGGAGACGUGCUUCUGCUGUCGAUAUUGGUGAACUUGUGCAAGUGCCUGAUGACUAUACGGAGGAAGAAAAGAAGUCUGGAGAAGCUUGGAGAACACUACUAGCUGGCGGAAUUGCCGGGUGUGUGUCUCGGACGGCUACGGCGCCUUUGGAUCGAAUCAAAACGAUCUACCAGGCCCGAGGCGGUCGAGCUGCCUCCACGGGUCUGGUGGGCUCCUUCCGGCGCAUGCUCAAGGAGGGCGGAAUCAUUUCCAUGUGGCGUGGCAAUGGUGUCAACUGCAUCAAAAUAGCACCCGAACAGGCUUUUCGCUUUCAAGCCUACGAGACAUACAAGAGGCUAUUUUUUAAGAAGGAUGGUUCCACCGAGCCGCUGUCAAUGCCGGAAAAGUUCACCGCAGGUGCUCUUGCCGGAGCUACCUCACAGACCCUCAUCUAUCCUAUGGAGGUGCUGAAAACGCGUAUGUGCCUUCGCAAAACAGGUCAGUAUUCGUCGAUUUUUGACUGCGCGAGGAAGCUCUAUAGAGAGCACGGGAUGUGGAUAUUCUACCGAGGUUAUGUCCCUAACCUGAUAGGCAUCCUGCCUUACGCUGGCAUCGACUUAGCCCUUUAUGAGACCUUCAAGACGCUCUACGUGAAGGCACUCAACAGAAGCGCGGAUAAUUCGGGAACUCAAAAAUUGACUGGACCGCCGGUCUACGUCUCACUGACUGCUGGCGCCUGCUCCUCCGUCUGCGGCCAGGUCGCCACCUACCCCCUCGCCCUCAUUAAGACUAAAUUGCAGGCAGAGAGCGAAAAGAUCUCAUUGGAAAAGCUGUUCCAAAGGAUUAUCAAAACCGAAGGCAUAAUGGGUAUGUACCGCGGAAUGGGCGCCAAUAUGCUCAAGGUGAUCCCGGCUGUUAGCAUAUCCUACGCCUGCUAUGAGAAAGCUCGGGCUCUGUUAGGAAUCUAA